AUUCACGGAUUCCCUUGGCAAGUACCAGCAAGGACCCGAAAUCGAAACAUUAUAAAGGAUUUGAAGAUGCAGCCUAAGAAACAGCUUCGGGUACACGCCCGUCCCGACCUCGAUAAGCUGCUCAAGACGUGGGAAGUCCGAGGUGAACGAGAUGACUGGAUACGAGGUCUCCAGAGUCAACUACCGCAACAGCUUUGGGCGCAUCGAAACACGUUGACAAACUACCAGGUCUGGGUGGCCUAUCGAAUGGCCGCUCAACAAUUAAAUUUGCAUUACGAAGGCGAGCGUCCGACGGAUGGCUGUCUUCUCGCCCAGGACGUCACGGCAGGCAAGGUCACGAUCACGCACAUUACAUGGGGCUGCAAGCGAGCCCAACAGUUUUGGAGUCGUUGUGUGGAGCAUUGGCUUGGCCAUGAAAUAUCCAGCAGUCGUCUCAAGGCGUAUAAGAGUUACAUCUCGUCACGGGUAGCUCCUCCUGUCAGUGACAGAAUGCGGCGAGUGCUUUUGGAAUGCUAUGGUAAAUGGAACAAAGACUACGAAGACGCUCUCGGGCGGAUCUGGUGGAGUCUGUGUAGUAUGGGAUACGCACUGCUGUGGCAAAUUCGAAACCAAGUCGUCCACGAAGGAAUGACAUGGAGAGCCCCACAACAAUUGGAAUACAUGUGGGCCAGCUGCCUGAGGCAAAUAGCAGCAGUGGCACGCAGUGAACGGAACAAGCCAGCAACCAGGACAAAUGGGCUUCGGCUACAGCUCACUCUGGAUUGCUAUGUAGCCAUCACGAUUGAGGCUGAACCUCCAGAUUCACCUCCAACCCCAGCGCCGUGGCUCAAGAGGAAGGAGUCAGCGUUGUGGUGUAGGGAACAUCAAGUUUUGUGUCACACUCCACGGCCGCAGUGGAACAACGUACCAGGAGCCAAGUACUACUCGGCGGGAUGCCGAGCUCAGUGGGCAAGAAUGCGCUGGCGGACGACCGCUGAACUCGGCUGA